GCGAACGCUUAGGAUGCUGUCCCCCGUUCGAAUUACAUUGCAGCUUUUAUUAUUUUAUCUUACAGGAUUGUUUUCUUCCACGCUGCACCUCCCUCGUAGUCAGACUUUUAUGUUACCGCAGGAUCGUGGCUUUUCCUUGGUGUCGGUGGGUGAAGAUUACAUUCAAGCAGCGGGCGCCGAGGGUCAAACACAAGACGUGCGUCUCGAGAGGGAAGCCAGAGGAGCCUCUCCAGUGCAAAGGCAUCGAUAUCGCCGUGCUGCUGAAUCACCCGUACCGAAGGUGUACGGAAGGGCGAACCUCAAUGACUCCCAUAACCAGAUGGUUGUGCACUGGGCUGGUGAGAAGAGUAACGUUAUUGUGGCCCUGGCAAGAGACAGUGUCGGAGCCAUGGAUCCCAAGCCAAGUUCGGUAUACGUGUCGUAUGACUAUGGAACGACUUUUAUGGCCAUCUCUGAGAGAUUCCAGCUGACUGGAGCCAAGGAGCAAAGCAAGCAGGUCAUCUCUCAGUUCUACCACAGCCCCGCUGAUAACAAAAGGUACCUGUUUGCGGACACCACCAACAGUUACCUGUGGAGCACAUUUGACUUCUGCAAAACCAUCCAAGGAUUCUCAACCCCCUUCAAGCCCACUGACCUGUUACUACACAGCUCUAGGCCUAGCCUGGUCCUAGGCUAUGACAGCUCCCAUCCAAAUAAACAGUUGUGGAAGUCAGAUGAUUUUGGCGAAACAUGGGUGUUAAUUCAAGAGCAUGUGAAGUCUUAUUUCUGGGGUGUGGAGCCGCACGACAGCCCCACCACGGUGUUCGUCCAGCGCCACGAGCCCCAGGGGGUCUCCAGCGUCCUGAGCAGCACCGACUUCUUCCAGAGCGAGGAGAACCGCCACGUCAUCCUGGAGCGCGUCGACAACUUCCAGCUCCGCGACAAAUACAUGUUCGCCACCACCACCAGGACUCUGAUAGGAAGCCAUCAGCCUGCCACGGUCCAGCUGUGGGUGUCCUAUAACCGCCAGCCAAUGAAAUCAGCUCAGUUUCAGACCCGUCAUCCGAUCACAGAGUACUACAUCGCUGACGCGUCCGAGGACCAGGUGUUUGUGUGCGUGAACCACAACAACAACAUCACCCACCUGUACAUCUCGGACACGCAGGGCCUGCGCUUCUCCCUGUCCCUGGAGAACGUGCUGUACUACAGUCCCCAGGGCUCCGGCAGCAACACGCUUAUCAGAUACUUUGCCAACGAGCCCUUUGCGGAUCUCCACCGCGUGGAGGGCCUGCGGGGCGUUUUCGUCGCCACGCUGAUCAACGGCUCGGUGAGCGAGGACAACAUGCGCUCCGUCAUCACCUUCGACAAGGGGGGCACCUGGGAGCUGCUGCAGCCGCCCACCGCCGACAGCCUGGGCGGCGUGAUGGACUGCCAGAUCUCCAGAGGCUGCUCCCUCCACCUGGCGCAGCGCUGGAGUCAGCUGCUCAACAUUCAGCUGCGCAGGAUGCCCAUCCUCUCCAAAGACUCCGCUCCCGGACUCAUCAUGGCCACAGGCUCCGCGGGGAAGAAUCUGGCAAACAAGCCCAACGUUUAUGUGUCCAGUAGCGCGGGGGCAAGGUGGAGGGAGGCUCUGGCUGGAGCUCACUUCUACACGUGGGGUGAUCACGGAGGAAUACUGAUGGCCAUCGCACAAGGUGGUGCCACCACCAACCUCAAGUUCAGCACCAACGAGGGCGAAACGUGGACAGACUUCCAGUUCUCCAAGCGGGAGGUGUACGUGUACCAGCUGCUGACGGAGCCGGGCGAGAAGAGCACCAUCUUCACCAUCUUCGGCUCCUACGCCGACCAGAAGCACAGUUGGCUCAUCCUGCAGCUCAACGCCAGCGAUGUGCUCGGUGUGCCGUGCUCUGAGGGGGAUUAUAAGAGUUGGUCGCCCUCUGACGAACUGGGCAACGGCUGCCUGUUGGGCAGAGAGAUGGUCUUCAAGCGCCGCACGCCUCACGCCACAUGUUUCAACGGCGAGGACUUCGAUCGGCCCGUCACGCUGUCCAACUGCUCCUGCACGCGACAGGAUUACGAGUGUGACUAUGGCUUCAAGCUGAGUGAGGACCUGUCUCUUGAGGUGUGUGUGCCGGACCCGGAGUUCCUGGGCAACCUGUACGCCCCGCCGGUGCCAUGUCCCGUGGGCACCACGUACCGCCGCAGCCGAGGGUACAGGAAGGUGUCAGGAGACAGCUGCAGUGGUGGAGACGUGGAGGAGCGACUGGAUGGAGAGAUGCUCCCCUGUCCAGUAGGAGAGAGCAACGAGUUUGUCCUGUACGCGGUGCGGAGCUCCAUCCACCGGUACGACCUGGCUACCGGAACUGACCAGCGCUUGCCCCUGUCCGGCCUCCGCGAGGCUGUGGCGCUGGACUUUGACUACGAUCGGAACUGCGUUUACUGGGCCGACAUCUCUUUGGAUAUUAUACAGAGGCUGUGUCUAAACGGAAGCACUGGCCAGGAGGUUGUCGUGCGGAGAGGCCUUCAGAAUGUGGAGGCCCUGACGUUUGACCCCAUCAGCCAGCUGCUCUUCUGGGUUGACGCUGGCGCGCAAAAGAUUGAAGUGUCCAACCCAGAUGGAGAUCUGAGACGUACAUUGCUCAACUCCUCCGUUCUGGAGCACCCAAGAGCCCUUACUGUCAUCCCAGGACAGAGCCUGAUGUUCUGGACGGACUGGGGGGACCGUGCCGCCGGGGUCUACCGCAGCUGGAUGGACGGCUCCAACGUGUCCUGCAUCGUGUCCGAGGGCGUGCGCUGGCCCAACGGGAUCACCGCCGACGACCACUGGCUCUACUGGACCGAGGCGUACGGCGAUCGCAUCGAGAGGGCGGACUUCAGCGGAGGCCAACGCAGCGUCCUGAUGGAGGGCCUGCCUCACCCCUACGCCAUCGCUGUGUUCAAGAAUGAUCUGUACUGGGACGACUGGUCCAGGAUGGGCAUCUUCAAGGCUCCGAAGGCAGGCUCACCGGACAGCGAGCUCCUGGUGGGAAGCCUGACGGGCGUCAUGGACCUCAAGAUCUUCUACAAGGGCAAGACUAGAGGCAGUAACGCAUGUGUGGACCAGCCGUGCUCCCUGCUCUGUCUGCCCCAGCCUGGACAACGCCAUACCUGCGUGUGCCCCGAGGGCACCCCCACCACCACCCUGCCCUCCGGCGAGCUCCAGUGCGAAUGCCCACACGGGUACCAGCGGCGCAACAACACCUGCGUCAAACAAGAGCACACCUGUCAGCCUAACCAGUACCGCUGCUCCAAUGGGAAGUGCAUCAGCAGCAUCUGGAAGUGCGACAGCGACAACGACUGUGGAGACAUGAGCGACGAGCAAGACUGCCCUACUACUAUUUGUGACCCAGCGGUGCAGUUUCGCUGUGCUGCCUCAGGCUCCUGUAUCCCUCUGGCCUUCAAGUGUGACCAUGAGGAUGACUGCGGGGACAACAGUGAUGAAGAGCACUGUGAGAGCCAUCAGUGUGGGCCUGGAGAGUUCACCUGUGCCAGAGGUGUGUGCAUUCGUGACGCCUGGCGCUGUGAUGGCGACAACGACUGUCGGGAUUGGUCGGAUGAGGCCAACUGCACAGUGGGCCUGCACACAUGCGAGAGCGGCAGCUUCCAGUGUCACACGGGCCACUGCAUCCCCCUGAAGUGGGUGUGUGACGGGGAUGACGACUGCCAGGACAGCUCGGACGAGGAUCCUUCUCAGUGCAAGGGCCAGCGCUGCAACGGCUUCCUUUGCUCCAAUGGCACAUGCCUGCCCGCCAGUGCACACUGCGAUGGCGUAGAGGACUGUCCAGGGGGCGCUGAUGAGCAACACUGUGACCCUCUGUGCACUCGCUACAUGGAGUUUGUGUGUAAGAACCGAGCCCAGUGUCUGUUCCAGUCCCUGGUGUGUGAUGGAAUCAGGCACUGUUCGGACAACUCGGAUGAGGACCCCGAAUAUGCUGGCUGCUCCAAUCAACCUGAGUUUGAGAAGACGUGUGAUGAGUAUAACUUCCAGUGCACCAACGGUGGCUGUGUGAGUCUGGACUGGAAGUGUGACGGCAUGAACGACUGUGGAGACUACUCUGAUGAGGCCAACUGUGCGUCGUCCACGGACUCCCCCGGCUGCUCCCGCUACUUCCAGUACGAGUGUAAGAACGGACGCUGCGUGCCCAGCUGGUGGAAGUGCGACGGAGAGAACGACUGCGGAGACUGGUCUGAUGAGGCCCAGUGCACAGAUGGAGUCCCAGCCCACACCCCUGCCCCGGGUCCCUCCUCCUGCGCUCCCAAUCGCUUCCACUGCGGCUCGGGCGCCUGCAUCAUCGACAGCUGGGUGUGUGACGGCUACAGCGACUGCCCAGACGGCAGCGACGAGGCCGGCUGCCCCACAGCCUCCAACAGCUCCGUGCCACAGACGGCUGCGCCCACCCCUGCGGUGCCCUCGCCCUGUGCCAGGGGCCAGUUCUCCUGCGCCCGGCCCCACGCCUGCAUCCCGGCCUGGCAGCGCUGCGACGGCACCAGCCAGUGCCAGGACGGCUCCGACGAGCUCAGCUGCCCCACACGGAGGCCUCUACAGUGUGUGAACGGGACCAUGUGUGCUGAUGGGGAGGCAUGUGUGCUGGACAGUGAGAGAUGUGAUGGCUUCCUGGACUGCUCUGACCACAGCGAUGAGGACAACUGCACUGACGAAUCUUUGGCCUAUAAGAUCCGGAAUCUACAGUGGACCCCUAACUUAUCGGGUGCCAUCACGCUCACCUGGUCACGACCCAAAAACAUGCCCCUGGCUUCCUGUUCCUUCCAGGUGUACUACAGACUGGUCGGGGCUCAGCAGUGGAAUCUGAUGGACACACACAGCAAUAAGAGCAUGUACACGCUGACGGUGCUGAAGCCAGACACCACGUACCAGGUCAAGGUGCAGACUCAGUGCCUCAGCAAGCAGCACAAGACCAACGAGCUCAUCACCAUACGCACGCCCGAGGGAUUCCCUGACCCCCCGGAGAACCUGCAGCUGGCGUGUGACAAGGGAGAGGACGGCACCGUGCUGGUCUCCUGGGGCCCUCCUGCGGAGUCCCACGGCCUCAUCCGCGAGUACCUCGUUGAAUACAGCAAGAAGGGCAGUCCUGAGUGGUUCUCUCAGCGUUGCACUGGCAUCAGCACUGAAGUGAAAAACCUGGAGCCUAGCGCCCUCUACAGGUUCAGGGCGGCUGCGGUGACCGGGCGGGGAGUGGGAAAUUGGACGGCCCUGAAAUCCAUCGUCCCUCAGAAAGCUCUGCCGGCUCCCACCGUGGAACUGGGCACGGUCACCGAGAACACCAUGAGCCUGGCCUUCAGCUACGAGGCCCAGUAUGAGGUGAAGCAGUUCAUCGUGGUGCUGUCAUGGGUGUUUGAUGACCAUGUGAAGGAGAGCAAGAACUACACGGUUCACGGCAAGACUCUAAAAGCGUCAAACCUGACUGGCGGUACGGUGUACGAGGUGGUCGUGUGGGCCCACACACGUGACGGCGACAGCCCCAUGGCUCUGUUCCGCCAGCAGACAGCCGGCUCCCAGCCGUACCCCCCGCUGCUCAAAGCCCGCGCACUCAACCAGAGCGCCGUGGACUGCAGCUGGAACUCCUCCACAGGACUGACGUAUGGUAUCUUCUUUGCCAUAUCCUUCCUGGACCUGUACCACGGUCCUCACAGUGAGACAAGCAGUGGCAGCAAUCUGACCAUCACAGUGGACGCAGAUGAGCAGUACCUGUUCCUGGUCCGGGUGAUCUCUCCCUUCCUAGGACCCCCCUCAGCCUAUGCAGUGGUCAAGAUGAUUCCCAGCGAGAGACUUCCGCCGCGUAACCUGCACAAGGUGCGCGUGGACCUGACCCAGGCCACGCUCAAGUGGCAGCCCCCCUACGACUCUCCGGGAUCCCCCUUGACCUAUGCGGUGCACGUGCGAGACAGCGUGCGCAAGACGGAGCGCAACUACAAGCUGACCACCCAGAACAACACGGUGGAGUACAGCCUGAAGGGCCUGGAGCCGGGCGGCCACUACGUCAUCACCGUGAGGCUGCGCAACAUGAGCAAGGAAGCCACCUACACCCUCAACACAGUCCCCCUGCCCGCUCCUGAAGCGCUGAAGAUCCUGAACGAGCGCGACCACAUCUUCCUCUUCUGGAAGAGCCUGGCCGUGAAGGAGAAGACCUUUAACGAGAGCCGGGGUUAUGAGGUGCACGUGUACGACAGCGUGACCAACUCCACCACCUGCCUGGGCAACACCACCGAGACCUUCCUGCGGAUCAACAACCUUCUGGCCCAGCACAACUACACCUUCUCCGUGCGCGCCCGCUGCCUCCUCAACGGCCAGCUCUGCGGGGAGCCUGCCCUGCUGCUCUACAACGACCCCGACACCCUCGCAGCUCCAGACGAUAAGAGUGCCCAGUCGGGCCGGCCGGGCGACAUGGCGGCGGUGGUGGUGCCCGUGCUGUUCCUGCUGCUGCUGGGGCUGUGCGGCGGCCUGCUGGUGCUCUACCUGCGGCACCGCCGCCUCCAGCACAGCUUCACCGCCUUCGCCAACAGCCACUACAACUCCCGCCUGGGCUCCGCCAUCUUCUCCUCAGGGGACGAGCUGGGCGAUGAUGAUGAAGAUGCACCCAUGAUCAGUGGCUUCUCAGAUGAUGUUCCCAUGGUGAUAGCGUAGCAGGAUCCUCCUCCUCAUCUUCCUCCUCCAUCAUCAUCAUCAUCAUUGUCAUUAUCAUCAUUCUCGCUCCUCACUAUUCCUCCUCCCCCCUCCUCCUCCUCAACACACACACACACACACACACACACACACACACACACACACACACACACACACACACAACAUAUGCCCCACCUCCAUUCCCUGGGUGCUUGUGCCAAGAGGUUAAACUUAACUGAUGGGAGCUACAAAUCACAUUUCCAUCACCCAACCAAACACCUGAUGGAAGCCGUUUCCAGUUUCAGGAGCAAAGGGAGACCGAGCGAAAGAAAGAUAUUUUUAAAAGAAAAUACGUAAGAUGCACUUUUUUUGGAUGCGCAAUAAAUUAUUUUUUUAUAUGGGUAAUGAACUUUCUGGGGGUUAGAAAAAGCAAACUGUGAAGGAAAAUUGAGUUUGUCAGGGAUGAUUAAAAAAAAAAAAAGCCCUGUUGUACUAUAAAGUGAUUCUGUCUCAAGACCUUGCAUAGGCCUAAAGCCAAACUUAGUAAAUAGCUACCGGAAGAACCAACUCAUCAUGAGAACUAGAGUAGUUAGCAAAAUGGCAAACCCAAAAAAUUUCAUUUAUGAAUGUACAGCUGAAAAAAAAGACAUGAAUACUUUGUGAAAGGGAAAUGGGUACGUCUUGUUGGCACUUAGUACUUGCACAGAUUUAAUUGUUUUAUAAGUUCUUAAUUUGUAUCACUGUGUGUCGGUAAUGUAGAAAUAACAUGAAUUUACCUAUGGUACCUUGUAAGAAUUUGCGUUUUUAGAUUUGUUGGUUCCCAAUAUGACAUGACUUACAUAAUGCAGGUGUGUUAAACUGUUACUUUUUCUUAUUUUUUUGUUUGUUUUGUGUUUGUGUCGGAGAGGUGAGCCAGGGACUUGUUAAUUAUGGUCAGGGCAGUAGAGAUCGCAUUGGCACAUGCUUGUUUUGGUAUGUCAGAGAAUUCCCGUCAAUAUUUGUGAAAGCAGUCUUCAGGAACCUUACGAAACUUAAUGGAAAGAAACUUUGUCUCUUCUGGCUUCAAAGAAAUAUGUUUAUUUACAGAAUGCUGUGCCUAUCUUAAUCUCUUUGCUUGGAAUGGCUUGCUUAGGUUUGCAUUUAGGGGGAUCAUUCCAUCGAUUCCAUGAUACCAUGCAAGUUCCCUUGAGUUUAGAUAAAAAUGUAUUUAUUUUAGGGGGGGGGGGGGGGGUGCAUCGGCCUAACUGGCACUACCCAGUACAGUGACAUAUGCAGUCCAAUUGGUCUUGGGAUUCGCCAUAGUGACGUUCUCAGGGCAGCAGUGAUGAGGAUGGAGUCCGAUGCCUGGUCCAGGAACCAGAGCCCUGACCGCAACAGAGACAUUUACGAAAUGGCAGUAAAAGCAAAAGCAUUGAGAUUCAGCAACAUCAAGACAGAAAGAUGCAAUGCAGAAAAAGAAGACCAGAACACAGAACAGAAGGCUCAGACUGACCACAGAAAUGUCGAAUGUGAACAGAGACGCCAUCCUAAAGGCAUUAGGUAGCGCAGCGAUCGAAUGGAAAGGUGGUUUGGCUUUCCAGAAGCGUCUGCUCACCCAGUCUAUUCUCUCUCUCUCUCUCUCUCUCUCUCUCUCUCUCUCUCUCUCUCUCUCUCUCUCUCUCUCUCUCUCUCUCUCUCUCUCUCUCUCUCUCUCUCUCUCUCUAUGUAGAGUACGCAGCUCUCCACGUCUGUGUUGUGUACUGAAGUUAGAGCCCCCCCUCCCCCAAACCCACCACCUUCCACCACUCCUAGAGUCAAGAACUCUCUCUGCCCAGUCAACUGGAUGUGUCUGUUAUUACUUUUACUUUUUCGUUUAUGUUUUAUGAAUGUAUUCAAACAGUGAUUUUGUUUUUCCUGUUUGGGGUGAAUUAUACAGUAUCUUUGUUUCAUCUUUUGUAUCAUCUUUUUUUGUUUUGUUUUUUUGUGCCACCACAAACAUUUCACUGGAGACCUGUGUCUUCAGUCCCAGGAGCUACUAACCAGAGGCUAGUUUCACCACCAGAUUCUGUCCCAUAUGCCUCAGUCUCCCAGCAGACCGUGGGUAUUUCUGUACCACUGGCAUCGACAUUCAGCAUCGGCCACGUUCGAGUCAGCAGAUCAUCCUACAGUGGACCUGAGGGGUAUGCUGCGAAGCAAGGUUACUGGCUUACCCAGUAACUUCAGGACGGGAGUAACCACUGUUUUUAAAACAACAAAACAAUAGAUGCUUAGUGCAGUGUUCUUUUAGAGAUUAGUGGAUACUCCCGAAGUUAGCCGGGUUAGCCAGUAAACUCGCUUCAUACUAGUACAACCCUCUGGUAUCCUUCACAUCCCAGCUCAAGUGCUGGUUGGGUCUAUUUUCUGUGUUCUUUUUUGCUUGUUUGUUUAUCUUUUUUAUUUGUUUUUGUAAUGUUCAGUUGGUUGUGGCCUUAAAAUAACAGAGGAGGUAGAUUCUUGUGGUAGAUUCUUGGUGGACAUUUUUUUGUUUUUUUUGUUUGUUUCUGUUUUUGAUUUGUUGUUCUUGUUUUGUUUUUGUCAUUAAUUUGCCACUUAUGCCUUACAAAAAAAACAUAUUAAGCUAGAGGUAUGUACCUAUGUAUGUAAGUAUGUAUGUAUGUAUCUUUUUUCAGAUAUAAAUGUCAACACGUGUGCACACACAAUACACAUAUACACUGAACUUGUUAAACGGGAGGCUCGGAGAAAAGACAAUGACAUUUGCAAAGGAAGAAUUGAUCUUUAAAUUGUACUACUCUGUGUUGGCUGUGACACCAGUCUACUAUCUGAGCCAUCAGGACUGUUUAUUUUUCCCCUCUUGUCUUUUUUGUCUGUUUUGGAAGCCUAUCCAGUAAUUUAGUUAUAUAUGUAUAUGUUGCUUCAGAAGUCACAUAUUUUAAUCUGUCAAAUAGAAUGCGUAUAUUUCUUUGCACAAUAAUGGCACGAGAACUUCAACAUGUUCUCCUUUGUUGUUUAAAAAAAAAAUUGAUGCAUCAGAAUAGAGAUGGUCAGAAAUGUUUUUGAACCACUUAUGCUGAAAUAAACAUUGAAACGGU